CAAUUAGUCAUAACUUUCGGAAUAGAUUGGUAAGAAAUCGAUUUGUACAUUCAACACAAACGGUGCAUAAGUACUUUCAUGAGGUAUUAUUUGCUAUGCUAAAAUUUGCCAAAGAAAUGAUUGUCACUCCAUCAUUUGAUCAAAAUGUCCAAGAAAUCAGAACACACCGACAUCUUCGGCAAAUAUUUAAGGUAAAACUUCAUAUAAAAAAUAUAAAUAUAUUUACUUAUAAUUGAAUCAUCCUACUUAAGGGUUAACAAUUUACCUUUAAUGUUUAGGGUGCCGUUGGUGUGUUAGAUGGAACCCUCAUUCCUGCAUGUAUCCCGAUAGAUAAACAAAUACCUUACAGAGGAAGAGGAAGGGGUGAAUGUGCCCAGAACGUUAUGGCCAUUUGUGACUUUAAUAUGAUUUUUACAUAUGUCAUAGCUGGAUGGGAAGGGGUGGCACAUGAUUCAAGGGUACUUAUGGAUGCUGUACUUGAUCCAACAAAGAAAUUUCCGUUGCCCCCUCCUGAUAAAUAUUAUCUUGUUGAUGCUGCUUACACUCACACAAGAGGAUUUAUGGCACCAUACCGUAAUGUUCGGUAUUGGUUGGGUGACUUUCGUAGUGGUGGGCGGCCUACUAGUAAAGAAGAAGUUUUUAAUCAUAUGCAUGCAAAGUUACGGAAUGUAAUCGAAAGGUCUUUUGGCGUGUUGAAGGCGCGUUUUGCAAUUUUGAAGCGGAUGGCACCAUAUUCCUUCUCGACGCAAAGAGACAUAGUUAUUGCAUGCAUAACACUACACAACUACAUCAGAAAAGAAUCCAUCUCCGAUCCACUCUUCCAACAGUACAAUAAUGAAAAUGUUCUUUCAGAGAUGAAUAUCGAAUCAGAGAAUGAUAUGCCUGAAGUAGAAGGACUCUACAACCCUCUCCCAAACACUGGCCAUAGUUACUUGAAUUCCCUUUGUAAGCUGUGA